UGUGUGUAGAAACAAGUAACAGUAGAAACAAGGAAUAGGAGUAAUAACCGCUAGCUUUUUUCAUAUCAAAGUCUAAUGUUCGGCUGUUUCAAAGUUCAUAGUUUUACAUGGUCGUUUCUUAAGUUACGCGAAAGACGCGUAUAUGUAAAUUGGCGUGCAUGUGUAACUGAGUAUUAACCGUAUCGAUCAAUUGGACUGAUUUAGUGACCAAUGGUGUGAGCCGCUCUCUCUGGAUAUCAACUGAUUCAAUGCAAACGAGUGUCGGAGGUGAUGAAGGAUCAAGGCCGAUGUUGCAGAGGAAGGAGUCGUUUUCUCUCCUCUCUACAUCAGAGAAGUGGCUCUUCAGCGGGAAAAAGAGGAAGCAGCGGAAGAGGGAUGUGGAUUCACUCAGUCUGUGCAGCUUGGACAUCAAUGAGCCCAGCACCAAGCGGGUGAAGCCUCUGUCUCGAGUGACGUCGCUGGCGAGUCUCAUCCCUCCAGUCAAAGCUGCUCCGCUCAAACGCAUUGGACAGACGCUGCAGCGCUCCAUCAGUUUCCGCAGUGACUGCAGACCAGAGAUCAUGGCACCACGGCCUUGGGCCAGGCAGAUCGCGCCAGCCAUCACCAAACGCCGCGACAGCAAGCUGUGGAGCGAGACAUUCGAUGUGGGCCUGGGACAUAUGCUGUCCUCCAAAGAGAUCAAGAGACAAGAGGCGAUCUUUGAGCUUUCUCAGGGAGAACAGGACCUGAUUGAGGACUUGAAACUGGCCAAGAAGGCGUAUCAUGACCCCAUGCUGAAGCUGUCUAUUAUGACAGAACAUGAGCUCAAUCAAAUCUUCGGCACGCUGGACUCCCUCAUUCCACUGCAUGAAGGUUUGCUGAGUCAACUACGAGAGGCCAGAAAGCCGGACGGCUCGACAGAUCACGUGGGCCAUAUCCUGGUAGACUGGCUCCCUUGUCUUGAAACCUACAACGGCUACUGCAGUAACCAGGUAGCUGCCAAAGCAUUGCUGGACCAUAAAAAACAGGACCAUCGGGUGCACGACUUCCUCCAGCGCUGUCUGGAGUCACCCUUCAGUCGCAAACUGGACCUCUGGAACUUCCUGGACAUCCCGCGCAGUCGACUGGUCAAAUACCCGCUGCUGCUUCGAGAGAUCCUCAAACACACACCGAACGACCACCCCGACCGCCAGCACCUCGAUGAAGCUAUUAACAUGAUCCAGAGCAUCGUGGCUGAUAUUAACACACAGACGGGCGAGUCGGAGUGCCGUUACUAUAAAGAGCGCUUGCUGUAUCUGGAAAGCGGUCAGAGAGAUCUGCUGAUCGACAGCUCACGGAUCCUCAGCUGCCACGGAGAUCUCAAGAACAACAGAGGAGUUAAGCUGCACGUGUUCCUGUUUCAGGACGUGUUGGUGAUCACACGACCCAUCACCCAGAAUGAGCAGUUGUGGUAUCAGCUUUACCGGCAGCCGAUCCCCGUCAGAGAGUUGGAGUGGGAAGACCUGCAGGAUGGAGAGAUCCGACUGGGUGGAUCCAUCAGAGGAGCCUUCAGCAACAAUGAGCGGACCAAGAACUUUUUCCGGGUGGCGUUUCGCAGCGGAGGACAGCUGCAGACGCACUGCUUCCAGGCCAGCGACGCCUUCAAUAAACAGCAGUGGCUCAACUGCAUUCGACAAGCCAAAGAAGCUGUGGGAUCUGCAGAAUCCGAAGCGGCCCGCAACCCAUCGUUCCCCUCACCGCAGACAGCAUCUCAGGACAGAGCGAGGCCGUGCGCGCAGCCUAGUGACUGCUCAGACUGUAGCAUGAUGGACACCACUGACCCUAGCACGGAUCUGAGCGGCGAAUGCCCACACAUGGACCUGACAGAUGUAACCGUCACCCCUGUGAAAGUGUGAUGCAUAAACAAGUGCGACUCUGCUUAACCAGCGAUCCUGUUCAGUAUUGUGUUACAGAAAUGCCAGGAAGCACUUCUCUGAAACUGACGCUGCUGUCGAUGGUUCUUAACUUGCGUGUUAUUCUCGUGCCUUUCUUUCACUGUGCUGUUGUUUGUGGCAGUCCAGUCUUUUAAAAACUGACAGUGAGGAUCAUCUGCCUUUCCACACCCUGUAAGACUGGGGCCACCGUUUCACUUCAAUCACACUGUCUGCAACUCAGAUGCACUACUGAGCGCAAGAAAAGUGUCACAUUGGUGAAAUAUUGUUCAGGUGUUUAACGUUCGUUCAGUGAUCACUAAUAAAAAAUGACCAGUCGAAUGUUUUCACUAUAGUCACGAGUAUAGGGCGAUCGUAGUAUUUCUGAAUAAGGAACGUAUUACAUAUUCUCAGCAUAUUCUACGUCGAUGUCAGAGCCAGAUCCAAUGGUGAAUAAUCACGUAUUGAAGAAUCCACAAAUGAAUUCUGUGAAGCACUUCAAUUUAAUCACUUUGGAGAAUUGGGAGUGAGUUAUUUCCUGUGUGAUUGACAUUGUGGCAGAAAUAUCAAUUUUAUACACUGUAGCAUAAAUGCAACCUAAGCCGAGUCUCUUGUGCCAUGCAGAUCAGCUAAAUCUCUGUCAUAGUGUUUUUGUGAGCGCUGAAACCGACAACUUAUGCUGUAAAAAGAACAACCUUUGCCAAAACGUGUUUGGUGGUUUUCAGUGUGAUCUGGUUUACUCGCUAGGCCGUGUUUUGUAUUGUCAGAUGUGCAGCGUUCAGUUUAUAAGAACUAUUCAAAAGUCUUUUAUUCUGUUUCUUUUACAUUUCUUUUUUUUUUUUUGUCUUUCUCUCUUGCAAGUAUUGUAUUGAAAUGUAUGAUAUAAGAUGUUUAUUUAUAGUUUGUUUUUUCACUUUUGUUUUUCUAUUUGGUUGUGUUGGAUUAAAAGGAAUUGGAUUGGAUUUAAGAAAGAGUGAAUGUUCUAGAAAUCAGAAAUGAUGAGAAAAGCGAGCGCACGGGGCCAUAUGGAAGAUUUUGAAGGUGGAAAUGCAUGUUUAACACAAUGGGAGAGACUGGAUGAUGGACAGUGUGUAAUAAAAUGAAGAAAAUCAAAUAAAAAUUUUAAAAACCGUUAACAUUUCUCUCUUUUACAUAAUUCGCCCUAUACUGGUUUCGUCUAAGCCCUGUCUGUGAAACCGUGCCAGUGUCUUUUAUGAAAUAUUCAGAUUAGCCUGUAUUUAAUGAUUAUUAUAAAUAAUAAGCAUUGUAGUUAUGCAAGAGGGUAGUAACACGAGAUGCUCUGAAUUGCUUUGCUUUCAGUUUAGGAAGUGUUUUGAUGCAAACGUGUCAAGUUCAUCUUUGAAUGUUUACCAUCUUUACACAGUGGAAAAUAACGUUCAGGGACUGCUGAGUCCCUCUAGUGUUGCUCUGGUGCAGUGUAUCACAUGUUAUAAUGAGGACCACAGGGAGUCAAAUCUUAAAAACACUAAGCUCUAUGUAUUUAGCUCCUGAUGAACAAGACAAUUAAACAUUUUCCUACUACCACCCUUUUCUUAC